AUGGCGGGGCAGAUCACCAACCUGGAGGAGACCCUUUCUGACAUGCACAGAGCUACCCUUGACUUGAAGGGGGAAAUGAACGACUUGCGAGGUGAAAUGCAGACGUCCACAGGAGCGCUCAUCCGCAUCGUCAAGAAAGAGCUCGCAAGUCUGCUCAAUCAGCGGCCGCCAGCGUCAGUGGCGGACAUCAAGGCCGUCUCCCUCGAGAUUCAGCACGAGGAGAAGCUCCUCGCGGACACUCACCAGUCCACCCUUGACGUGAGGGUGGAGAUGAAAGCCGAGGCUGACAAGCAGGAGAACUCGUUCCUGGCGUACGACACCAAGUUCGACUCGGAGUUCGCCUUCAUCAACCAGAGAGUGGACGGCUUGCACUCAAAGAUGGACCAGGCGGUCGGUGACAUCCGUAAUGUCCACAUGGUGAUCCCUUACCAGCAGAACCUCCAGGCGACGGUGCAAUGGCACGCCCAGCAGACCUACAACAGGGGCGGCCAACUGGACGACAGUCUCAACAAGGCCCUGGAGAGCACACGCAUGUUGGGCGAAGCAAUGGAAGAGCACCAUGAAUACUUCCGCGAGCCCCUCAAGCAGAUCAUUGGCAACGUGGAGGAGCUCCUGAGCCGACUUCUUCCUGCAACUACGAG